AGUCAGUCUUCCUCGUGGGAGUGAAUAAGGCGGUUGUCUCUCGCUCUCUCUCACCUCCACUGGCUCAGCUCUCGCCGCUCUCACUCACACAUUGGCUACACACUCACACACGCACACAUAUACACACACACACACACACACACACACCUACUUCACAUGUGUAUUAUAAAAGUGUGACCGCUUAGAAAAAAAAAUAAUAAGGGAAAUAUUAUAAAGAAUAAGAGAGAGAGAGAGAGAGAGAGAGAGAGAGAGAGAGAGAGAGAGAGAGAGAGAGAGAGAGAGAGAAUAGUAAAAGGACGGAGUUAGAGGAUAAAAAAAAAAAAAAGAGGCCAAAAUUUAGGAUGAGUUGCCCCUUCGCCGGCAGAGAAAAUGGGGAGGUGCCAGGCUCGGAGAAGCACCUCGGGGACUUCAAGGGCAUCAACUACACUAAGUACCUGCAGCUGCACAAGAUCCUCGAGGCGCAGGACACCAUCACGGAGGCGCACGACGAACACCUGUUCAUUGUGGUGCAUCAAGCCUACGAGUUAUGGUUCAAACAGAUCAUUUUCGAGAUCGACUAUGUGCGCGCCAUCUUCAGCGAGGAGGAGGUCAACGAACACAAGAUGCUGCAGAUCAUCAAGUGCAUGCAGCGGGUCACCCUCAUCCUCAAGCUCUGCGUGGACCAGUUCCUCAUCCUGGAGACCAUGACGCCUCUGGACUUCAUGGAGUUCAGGGACUACCUCUCCCCCGCCUCGGGCUUCCAGAGCUUCCAGUUCAGGCUCCUCGAGAACAAGCUGGGCCUCAAGAAUGAACAGCGCGUGAAGUACAACCAGGAGACGUACAAGAAGGUGUUUGGGGACGAGCCGGAGAUCCUGAAGGCCAUCAAGAAGUCCGAGGAGGAGCCGUCCCUUCAGCAGCUCCUGACGCGCUGGCUGGAGCGGACACCGGGCCUGGAGGAGGAAGGCUUUCACUUUUGGCAGAAAUACAAGAUUGCGGUGGACACGACCCAGGAGGAGAAGAAACGGGAGGUGGAGAACGAGAAGGAGGAGCACAUCCGUAACCACCUGACGGCCCAGUACAAGCGGCGGAGGGAACUCUUCGACAGCAUCUUUGACGAGAAGAUUCACAACGCCCUGGUCGCGAGGGGGGAGCGGCGCCUCUCCCACCGGGCUCUCCAGGGCGCGCUCAUGAUCUCCUUCUACCGCGAGUCUCCCCGCUUCAACCAGCCCCACCAGCUCCUCAACCUGCUCAUGGACGUGGACUCCCUCAUUACCAAGUGGAGGUACAACCACGUGAUGCUGGUGCAGCGAAUGAUCGGGUCGCAGCUUAUCGGAACGGGCGGCUCCUCCGGCUACCAGUACCUGCGCUCCACCCUUGGGGACCGCUACAAGGUAUUCAUCGACCUGUUCAACCUGUCCACCUUCCUGCUGCCGAGGAACUCCGUGCCGCCGCUGGACCGACAGAUGAAGACCCGCCUGAGCACCAUGGAGGAGCCGGACCGGGAGGAGCGGAGGGGCCGGGUGUUGAGGUCACGCCCCCGGACUGACGGCGGUGGCUUCCUCUGCUCCGACUCGCCCUGCCCCCAAGACUCCAGCGAGGAGAAGGUGUUUUCCGACAGUGACCUUGAGAAGAGCCUAGACGAUACCACGGAGAGGUUCUGCGAGGCCUCGAUGUGAGAGAGAGAGAGAGAGAGAGAGAGAGAGAGAGAGAGAGAGAGAGAGAGAGAGAGAGAGAGAGAGAGAAUCCUAGGCACUGACGAACUGACCUGACCUUGAAGAAGUCCUAUGGUCCUAUUAAGAGUAGGACGUAACUAAGGGAGAGAUCCUACAGGCUUAAGUACUCGGUGACCUUGAAAAAAUCCUACAGUAUCCUUUUAAGCGUAGGACCCAACGAAGAGAGAGAGAGAUCUUGCAAACUUCAGAACUCGGUGUCCUUGAACUGGAGUCCUACAGCAUCCUUUUAAGCGUAGGAUGCAUUUAUUUUCUUAGACUUUAAAUAAGGUCCUUCGAUACGUGCAUGAUUAUUAUUGAUUUUGAGGGUCUUCGUUUUCUAUGACAGGUCUUUACGAAGCGAAGAAAACGGGGAGUUGGAGAAGAUUAUGGUGUUACCGCAAACUGUUUACCCUCGUUGUCCUUCGUCACAGAUGAUUCGUUUUAGCGUGUUUUGCUUAGUUAGUUCUUCAUAUUGUUUUAGUUGUUAGUGUUUGGUUCUUUCUCCCUUACCAUUUACUUUUAUCGUAUUGAGUUUCUUCUCAGUUUUCCUAUUGUUAUUUUUUAGUGCCUAGUGUUAUUGUUCUUUUUCUCUUCAUUAUCUUUUUAACGUGUAUUGAGUUUCUUCUUAGGUUUCGAAUUUUCGUUUUAGCGUGUAGUAUUUCUUCCCAGUCUUUGUUCUUUGGUUAUUCAGCAAAAGGAUUUCCAGGCUCACGACAAUCACUGCCAAUGUUCUCUUGACUUGCCCUCCUCAGCGGCGAGACAGACGGACUCAACACUGCCUCCGGUGCAACCAUUCAAAGCUUCACUCGACAAUGUUAGAUCAUGAUAUACCGACGCCGUGAUUUUUAUUCUUGAAGAGUCAAAGUUUUGGUGUUUCUCCCCACGUAUCUGGUUAAUACAAAUAUGUUUUCUAGUACUAAAGUCAAAACCGUAGUUGUUUUUUAUAGUAAAGUCAAGACAUUAGAGAAUUUGAAUACUUUUUCUGUAGUAGAGUCAAUAUCCUAGUUAUUUUUUUUUUCUAGGAGAGUCUAGGUCCCUUUUUUUUGUUAUCCUGCUGCGCAUGCGCUCUGAGAGUGAGUUACGGCGGCUCUUCAUAUACGAAGGAAAUAAAGCGGAGUGACCGUUGUCGUUCUUUGAAAUUAUAGACACGCCUUUCUCCAGUACCUUAAGACAAAACUAAGAUAUUCCCAGUAAUUAUAUUAUUUUAUGUUCCAGUCAUACGCAUUCCUCUCUUUGAAUGCUUUUUAACAACCUUUCCGAAGUUACGAUCAAGGGCAAGCAAUAUAACGCAGAAAACGUUGGUAAAUAAUAUGAAAUUUAAAGAAGGAAGAUUUGGGUUAAAGACAGAGUUAAUGUUAUGAUGUUCAAAGCUAUGUUGCAUUUUGCAUUUAUACGUAAGACUAAUUAUAAAAUGUUAUAUAAUGUGUGUGUGUGUGUGUGUGUGUGUGUGUGUGUGUGUGUGUGUGUGUGUGUGAAGCUUUGUUAAAAAAGGACCAUUUAAUAAGAUGUAAGGAAAAACAUACAUUAGUCAAUCUCCCAGCCUUGUCAAGAAUAAAAGACGAUUAAUUCUAAGAAGUAUACAAUAAUAUAGACACAUUUAAAAUACCAUACGCACGUUUAAAAUAAUAUUCCAUUUUUUUCCCCUUCUGUGACCUCACUUUUAUUUGCGUAUGUCAGGUGCGUAAAACAGGUAUUUCUCAUUAAUUACCGUGUGUCAGGUAAGGAUGGAAAGCAGACAUUUUUGCUCACUUACAUGUACUGUUUCGUGAAGGUUUUGUAAGCGUUUUUAUUAGUACUAAGAGACUCUUCAUGCAUUUACCAAACUCUCUAUUUUCAUUUAUGGCAAUUUUGUUCGAUGAGCUAAGAAGUGUUUUUUUUUUUUUCCCCUUCAAAUGCUCAAUAUCAUUAGUAUAGGUUUAUAGAACAUAUUAUUAUUAUCAUUAUUGUUAUUAUUAUCAUUAUUAUUAAAUUUGUUCAUGUUAUUUGAUUUCGUAUACUUAUUCCGUUACUUUAAUAUUUUUUCUUUAUCUUUUCAUCUUCUAUUAUUCUAUUUUAUUUCUCUUCUAUUGUAUCCUUUCCCUUUCUUUAUCUUUUCGUCCUUCAUUUCCUACAUUUUUUUUCUCUCGUCUACUUUAUCUUUAACAUGAAAACCUUUAUUAUCAUUUUCCGUCACUUUCUCCUCCUAUUCCUUCUCUUUAUUAUUAUUUUUAUUUUCGCUUUGACACGCAUGAUCACAUAGUUUUAAUUCCCCCCUUAUGUUAUUUCAUUAUCUUGUAUCUACAACACUUUUUUCCCCUCUAAGUUGUCAUGCUUUCCAGGGACUACAUAUAUUUUUUUCGUAAAUAAAAAAUACAUCUAAGGAGACUUGUA